GACUCUCCUCUGUGGACAUUCUUUCUGCAGAGAAUGUAUCACCACUUUUCUGAGCUCACAGCAGUGCUGUCCACAGUGCAGGUCAGAUGUUUCUAUGGAGAAAACAUCUCUGACUACCAACCACGCUCUGAAGAGUCUCGCAGAAAGAGUCAAAGAGAUCGAGAGGAUCAAGAAAGAAUCUGGGACUGACAGUCAGGUCAAUGAGUGGUUGUGCUCUGAGCAUGAAGAAAAGCUGAAGCUCUUCUGCGUCACGGAUCAGCAGUUUGUGUGCCUCAUAUGAAGAGACGGAGAGAAACACGAAGGACACAAGUUCAAGCCAGUGAGAGAAGCAGCUGAGUCUCUGAAGAAGGAGUUUCAGGCUUUUCUGCAAACGGUUUCUGCUAAAAUAUCUGCUGUAGAGAAAAGAGCCAAAACACAAAAUUAAGAAAUCGCCAAAACUAAAGAGAAAUCUCAGAAGCUGAUGAGUCAGAUCAGCAGCCAGUUUCAGGAGAUGCACGAGUUCUUGAGGAAGAGAGAAGCUGAGAUAAAAAAUGAGCUGAAACUGAAAGAGAAUGAAGAAGUUGAGAAAAUGAACAAAAGUGCCAAUACAAUAGAAACAGUUUUGUCAAGUAACAAAAAAAUAGAGGAGAAGAUGAAAUCUGCUCUGGAAAUAACUAACUCUGAGAGAUUUCUGAAAAUGUGCACUGAGGGAGACUCUGUGCUUAAAGCAAAGAGUUCUAUUCAAAAGAAAGCACAAAAACUCCCGGUGAUAAACUCCUGUCUGUCCAUGGGUGUGUAUGAAAGCCACCUGCAGUUCUUUGUGUGGAAAGAGAUGCUUAAAGUCAUCAAACCAAAACCAGAACAACUGUCUCUGUCAUGUAAAAGUCCAGAUGGGAUUGUUUCUGAUGAUGGACGAAGUUUCCGCUCUGCAUGUCAACAAUGCAAGACGUAUCAGGAACAACUAUCUUAUUCUGGUAACUGUUACCAUUGUGGUUAUCAAACACAGAGAGUAUACAAUAGCCCAACAACUGAAUACAGUAGACAACCACCAGCUGCACUGAGCAAAGAUCAGUUCACCACAGGGCAGCAUUACUGGGAGGUCGAUGUUGGACUUAAGAAUUCCUGGAAGCUGGGCCUCCAGAAUCAUUUCAUGAGCUGUAAUGGUGGUAGAUACACUAUUUCCAAAAACAAUGUUGAGAAAAAUGCAACAUUUACAGGAAACAUUAAGAAAUUAGGAAUUUAUUUGAACUGCUUCACAAAGGAGCUUUCUUUUUAUGAUGCAGACAACAUGAAGCUCAUAGAGACCAUAACCUACCAACUCCCAGACCCAGUGGCUGCAUAUUUUCAUAUACAGAAUACGGAGGAUCAGUUUCCUCUGACCGUGUGCUGGUACUGAACAGGGAUCUGAUAGAAAUGAAUCCUCUGAAUCCUGCAGGGAUUUUGUUUUGCUUGAACUUGUGACAGAAACAGUUUGGAUAUAGAAGCUUCUUCUCUCAAGUCUUGAUAGUUCAUAAAAACAAGUUAUUAUUUUGUUAA